UGGUCUUGGGUACCCGCCGGUGGUCACGUCGGCGCUCGCGCGGUGCCAGCAGCAGUACAGUGCCGUGAUCCGCGGCAAACGCAACCGCUAUCGUGUCGUCGGCGAACCGGAUGCCGGAACGGACUAUUAACGCAGACCGCAGUCGUUGUUCGGUACGCCGCCGAACCAGUUCUCACGGUGUCUCGCGCCCCGGCUCGCCGUUGCGGUGAUCUCGAAAAAACCUAUUAUCGGUUUUCAUUUUCAUUCCAUACGUUCGUCCGUCCCCCGUUCGCGGUGCAUUUUCUAACGCGCGCGUAGGCGUCCGACAGCUCCGGUACGCAAUGAUCGUUCAUACCACGGUUCUACGUUAGACGCGUUAUCCGAGUCCGCCGACAUUACCCCGGACGUGCGGUUCCGCGAUGCUUUUGCACGGUGUACCUACGUAGCGGCCGACAGUUAUCCGCACCUUCCCUCAGCCCCCUCCAAGCUACGUCCUCUCAACCAACCACUAACCCUGGGGGCCGACGACGGAAUGUCCUGGGCAACGAUCCGGUGCGCACAGUUCGAAGUGAAGAAAAUAAAACGCUCGAACGGAUUAAUACACAGCGGUAACAUAUCGUCCGUCGUCAGUUAGUGUUUGAAUAUGGCUGAAAACAUUGCGUUCAGUGACUGGUCGGAAAAGCUCGAGACUGCUGGAACUAAUCAUUGGCUUCCUGCGUACGGGCUCCAGCAACCGCCGGUGGCGAUGGUCGGCAAUGGCCAUCAACAAAACGAUCCCACAUUCGAUUCCGGCGAUCGUACGGACUAUUUCGAUGAUGACAACAAUGAAGACAAUCUUUGUGAUAACGACGACGAAGAUAAUUGGUCAUCGUUCAGUCAAAACAAUUAUAAUGGAAACCUUGUAAGAAGCACAUCUUACAUUUUUCUGGAAACAAUUCUAGAAGAAACUUCAGAUGAUUUACGGACGGAUUCCGAAAGAAGUAGUGAAGAAGAUUUCAUAAAGGAGGAUAACUGGUCAGUAAAAAAUCGCGAUCCGCUUAACUGGUUCAGUUCGAGCAACAAUAAAAAUUCCUCGCACAGGGUGUACAACAACAACGAUCCGGGGGUGCAUGACGACGAAGAUAACGACACUGUGUUCUACAGGGACAACCUGCAAAAUCAUCAUUUGUGGACGGGCGCCGGGCUGCUGACUAACGGAUGCGGCGGCGGCAGUCUGUUGCAGUUCGAGAGCCUGGAAAAACAAUGCGAACAAACGGUGUUCCGGACCACCGCCACCGCCACGCCGUUCAUGUCCAACAGCGCGGAGUCCCUGAACUCUCAGCAUCCCGCAGCGGCGGGGGUGGGCAUCGCGCGUCCACGGAACGGCUGGAAACAGCAGGUGGACGUAGACGACACGUUGGACGAGGAUGAAAAUGCAUUGUGCAGCACGACGUUCUCAAGCUUCGCAGGCGACGGGUCCAGCAGCGCGAAGUCGCUGAGCAAGAGCAUGGAGAGCGUGCACUCGGCCGCGAGCCGGAAGCGGUGUCACCGGGAUGGCAUGAACGACGUGUCCCAGAGUCUCGAGGAUUUGCGGCGAUGCGGGGGUGAAGGGCCGUACGACGCGUCGACAUUGUCGUCGGCAACGGUCGUCCCACCGCCUGCCGGCGGCAUGUACAAAACGGUUGACUGUCUCAUCGAUCCGGCGUACCGGAAAACCGAUGACGACUAUGACGAGACAGACGGUAAAAAACCGGAAGACGUGGUCGUGCAAGAGGUCGGCGGCAAGCAGGUACAGCUGCAGCGAUCGGCGGAGAACUUGAGCGAGGACAGCGGUUUCGGUGAUCAGGUUCCCCGCAGUCACUCGGCGGUACAAACGUACACGCCGAUUGUCGAGGACGAAAACUAUUUUGAGAUGUCGACGAAAAGCAUUGCGGCGGCGGUGGCGGCCGCCGAUACCGCCGCUGUUUCCUCCAACACGAUCGUAUGCUGCGCCAAAGUCGCGGAGAAGGGGUCGACGGACGACGACGACGACGACGACGAGAUGAAAUCUAAAUUUAACGUAGCCUGGCACAGCUAUCCCGAUCUGGGCGAUCGGCCGUCAGUGACUACGGAUUCUCCUACGACCGACGACGACGACGACCAACGCCAUCAUCACCACCUCCACCAUCACCACCGCGACGGUAUGAUGGCGUCCCGUUUGCCCAUGUCAAGCACGCCCAACCUGUGCGCCGACGGUCUGCUGGCGGACGGAGCCUCCGCCGGCGGGGACUAUCUACGCUCCAAGAAAUUGCUAGACUCCACCGUAUCGUUGGACAGAUCGCAUUCGUUGAAGCGCAUACACUAUGAGAGCGAAUCGGCGUUAAGCGCGGCCUCCUCGCGCGGCAGCAAUCUGCUGAUAACCACCAGUUUUGUCAACCUGGCCGCGGCGCAGGCACCCAACAAGGGUGUGCACUUUUGUCCCGUCGUGUCCGAGGUGAACUGGCGCGAGAGCUUCAGCACCAGUACCGCCAGCAGCAGCACGGAUGCGGGAGACGGCGGUAACGAGUCGGAAGGACCCCCGGACACGGAAGAAGAAGACGAAGACGACGAUGACGACUACGAGACGGCGGCUGCGGCCGCGGUCACGGCCGCCUACGACCGGGCCAGCGACGAAGUGGACGAGAACAUUGACACAAUGGUGAUGAAACUGUUGACCGGUUUGCCGUCGGAAACCAGGCGUCCGAGUGUGGCAGAAAAACAACAGCUGCGCGAACGGCUGGACUUCAUUACGGGCGGCUCCCCACCAAUGUCGCAUAGGAUCAUCGCCGCGCCCACCAACACCGGUUCCGCCGCGGUGCAGUCAGUCGGCUACGACACGUGCAGUCGCAGUGCGCAACAGUCGCGUCCAGCCGAAGCCAACCACACACCGACAACGACGUCUUCCAUGUCGUCCGCGACCAAAUCGAAAUCGAUCGGCGGCAAGCUGGGUGGAUUUUUCCAGCGGUUCUCGUUGCGCAGGCUGAGUGGCCGGCGCGGUAAGGACAAGAAGAAACAGCAACGGACCGAGGAUGAGGCCGCGGCGGCCGGCGGUGGAACGAUGACGGUUCAGGCGCCGCCGCCACCACCGGGCAAUUGUAGACCCGACACGCCGCCGCCCCCGCCACCCGUUUCGAGGCGAUCGUCUACGGCCGCGGACAAGGGUAAAAAACCGCCGUUACCCCCGCUACCCCCGUCGACUGACGGGUACGCAACGCGCCGGCGCCUCAUGUACGACGAGAAUCGCGGUGGCCGACUGCCGCCGCCACCGGCAUUGCCGACAGCCGGCAGUCGCGCGUCCCUACAAUCGCGGUCGCCCGCCGCCGCGAUGUCCCGCCCGGAUCAUCAUCGAGCCGGUUUGCUCGAGACCGACUUGGACUCAAAUGUGACCAGAACGUCGUCCUCUUCGCUAAUGAUGGGCGGUGGUGGAUGCAGCCCCAACAAAAAGGCUCGCAGUCUGCUCGACCUGGGUGCGUCGUCGGCCAAAUUGUCUUUGGCGCCCAGUGACUCGACCCGACCAUCCGCCGAUGGGUCGUCUUCGAAUACCACCGAUCACAGGGCCAAGUCCAUGGAAUUUUUGCUGGACAAAGAAAACCAAGCGGCCAUACAGGCUCCAGAAAAUGAACUUCGUAAAGUAAAUGUCAAUGGCGGAGAAAGAAUACUCUCAGAACACGAGUUACGAAUUCAACGUUCUCUACAAAGACUCAAUCUUCCCGAAUGGUAUAAGUCCUGCAAUGUGCCUGCUCAAGGAUUUCUGUUAAAAAGACAUAGCGAUGCAGGUUAUACUACCAGUAUGUCUAGCUUAUCGUCUAACCAAUCACAGUCACCAAAAAUGUAUUCUAAUUACAACAAUACAUUGCUUAGUCCCCAAACACAUGCUGCUACCAAAAAUUUUUCACGUUGGAGUACCAGUCGUUUAAAUGGUUCAAAUUCGAAUAGUACAUCGCCUUGUAGUUCUACGCGAUCAUCAUUUAACUAUAGGCAACCAUAUUUGGGUUGGAGAUCUCAGGAAAAAUUAUCAAAGCCUAGAACACCAGCUGAACGACUUGCUGCUGGAUUACUUGCUCAACAACAACAUGAACCGACAUGUCAAACCAGCUUAUCUGAAGUACAGUCAUCAAUUAAAGAAGUAACUUCAGCCAUAGCCAACUAUGUUUCGUCAUCAACACCAGAUGGCAGUAAAGAAAGGCUUAACGCUGAUUAUCAAGAUACUCCAUCAAGGUGUCCAUCUUUCAGAGGUAGUACAGGUCGUUUAUGUUGGCUGGAAAGUUCAUUUGUAGGUAAUAAACGUCCAAGUUUAACCAGAGAUACACCACAACCAGAAACAAGUACACCACCAUCUCAUAGAAAAGCCACACCUAUUAGACAAACUCAAAAUACUGGCAGUUGGGUCAAUGUUUCAGGUAACAAUAACAACAACGCCGCUGCGACGACGCCGCCGACCAGCGGUGGCGGCUGUGCGUCCGGCUCGAUCCGGUGCCGGUACUCGGAGUGCCAGCGAUCGGCGACCGUGCCCGAGGCGCGGCGCACGUUCAAGAUGUGCCACAACUGCAAUCACGUGUACUGCUCGAAGCGAUGCCGGCGCGCGCACUGGCAACACCAUCGGAAGACGUGCCUGGACCGGCGCACGGCCACGCUGUGCCCGUCCAUCGUGGACGCGGUCAAGGCGAACAGCCGGUGCGCGGAGCGGCUGUCGACGAUCGCGCGCCGCGGUUACCUGACGCACGGCCGCGGCGCGGUCAAGUGCUACUUCUCCGGCAUCGAGCUAGCCGACCGGUUCGUGCGUGGCGGCGCCGGCGACGACGCGGACACGCGGUACGUGCUGUACGUGUCAGUGUGCGUGCAGAGCGAGGUGCCGGGCCCGGGGCCGGUGCAGUGGGAGCGGCACGUUGUGUACAAGUGCGCCAAGAUGCACCUGGACAAGAGCCUGCGCGCGGACGACGCUUGCAACAUCCGUCGCGAUUCCGCCGCCGACUCGACGCAAUGCUGCGCGACCCCGGACACGUUGGUGCUGACCGCGUUGCCAGGGUACGACCGGCGGCGGGACGUGCGCACCGCGCGGCAGGUGUGCUUCGUCAACGUGCAGCGACACCUGCGCCAGAGGGGUGUCGAGCUACGGCUCCAGUUCCCAGACGUGUACCGCAACCUGUGCGAGUACGUGGACGGCGGCGUGGACGUCACGUUCACUCCGGUCACGGUGUACCCUCGCGACAAAGCGUCCGGCAAGACGUUCAUGUGCAUCAUCAUGCCGGACGCGGACCCGGUCAAGUCGAACGUGCUGCCCACCGACCGCGGUGCCAACGUGCAGACCAUCGACGUUGGCCCGCAGGAGUAGUCGUGGGGGUGGAUGCGCCUGACGAGCCGUCGUCCCCCGUGCGUGGUACACCGCGGGGUGGACACACGAUUCCGUACGUUUUGUACCCAAGGUCUUAGCGCCUUCCAUAAGGGAGUGGUUACGUAGGUGUGUAACAAGAGUCCAAAUAUUGGGGGUGCUGAAAUCGCUGAAAAUAAAAUUGAACGGUAUUUCACUGUAAUUACUAUAGAUUAUAUACAUCUGAAAAAAAACAAGACUGCUACAUUUUAACUCAGGGGUUCUAAAGACCCUAUUGCGCCCCCUCUUCUAAAUGCGCCUAUAUGUAUUGUACAACGUACAAUAACAAGAUCAGCCUCCGUCAUGCCUUUAUAAUUUUAUUUUCGUUUUAUAGAAGUUUUCAGUUGAUCGGUAAACAAUUACGAUUUUAUACGAUUCAAACGAGUACUAUUCGAUUCUGUUGACUCGUUUUUAAUUUUUUUAAUUUCGUCAACUAUGACAACGUUUCCCGGAAAAUCGUACGUAAUCGAAGUUUCUUUUUUGGGUGUUAUUUUGACAAUCUGUUGACUGAUCGAAAUCAAACGGAACCGUGCUUUAUCAGGGGUGUACGACCCUCGUAACGAAGGCGGCCGAUGCGAUUGAACAUCGACACUUUUUAAAACGUAUUCGCGGCACAAAUGUAAUGCGCCCGUUUUUUUCGCCGGCCUAACUUGAUCGAUUACCGCAUACAUAAAUGUACACCGAUCAAUUGGUCGUGUUCGGAAGAAAAUUUAAUAAAAAGCAAAACGCGUCCGGGGCAACACGUCACGGAUUCGUGUGGUCGCGUUCGGAUGUUACGCCGCUAUGUUCAUCGUAUUUUAACGCAUAGGUUUAAUCAUAUUACCGUUGUAUACGGGACUAUUUACUAUAAUUACAUGUCCGUUGUUUUUAUUAUUAUUAUUAUUAUUAUUAUAAUAAUCUUUAUUACAUUUAUUUACUGAACGUACACUCGAGUGUAUUCAUUAUCGUAACAAUGCGUUGGCAUCGGAGAUUCAUUUAUAACUCGACCCAUUCCAUUUUUAUACGUGUACGUACGUAUGUAUGCAAGAAAAGAAAAAUAAAAAUUUAUGAUUUAGGACGCGCACAUGGUGGUCGGACGACGGACACUACAAGGUUGUGAAUGGUGACAACUGCAGUGAAACAGGAUCUUGCAGGAAUUUGAGAUUUAUAGUUCCGUUACACGUGGUACAGAUUAAUAACGAAAUCCAUUUUUACACGCAUUUAUACAUUAUUGCUUUUCUUUCAAAGGAUCAUUAUUUAAAAAGGGUUUCCUACCCCCUUCUCCGGGCGCUAAAUGUAUACAUACUCCAUGUCCACCUCGGACACCCGUGACUUUUAAUAAACGGUCGUGUAGGCGUUCAAUGUUUGAUUGUUAUACAAUUAUUCUACGAUCAUUAUGAUUAAGACGAUCUCAAUAACGAUCCAUUUGUAUUGUGGGUGUAAUAUGUACGUUUAGGUUCCGGAACGCUGUUCGGUGCUUACAACAGGCGCGAAAAAUCGUCUACACGUCAAUAUUCGAGCUCACUUGUACGUUUUUACGUGCACAAUGUAAUAUUGAUUUGUUAACCGCGCAUUUUGAACGCAUGUCAAUAAUUAUAGCGUUAGGUUAGGUAUUCAUUAUGAUUAGAUAGAUAAAAUAUAUUACGUCCGGGGCCGUGUUUAGAACACUGGGCUUUUACGAUUGGCGUACUCGAACAAGUUUUAUUCUUUAAUUGUCGUUACCCUAUUUAGUCUGUUGUAACAUUAUAAUCAAAUGCGAUAACGACAAACAAAACGUAUUGAAUUAGGUUUUUACAAAAUUAUAUUCGAUAUAUGUAUUGUAUUGUACGACGCUCGAUUUAAAAUGUAUUUUGUAUGGAUUAUU